AUGAAAGCUAUUGUGAAUGCAAGAAAGGAAGCGGACGAGGUGAGGAAGAUGGCAAGGAACCAAGAUGCGGCAGCCGAGGAGAGGAGAUUGGUGGCUGAGGAGAGGAGGGUGGCGGCCAAGGAGAGGAAUGUGGCAUUGGAGGAGAAGAAAUUGGCCAUGGAGGAGCGGACUAGAUUGUUGGAAUGGGAGAAGUACUUGUUCUUCAUGGACACAUCUACCCUCGAUGAGAAGCAAAAGGAGUACGUCAAUCUUGCCCGUGAAGAAGUCUUGGUCCAAAAAAGAGCCAUGGUUGGCAUGAGCGGCAUGGGUGGCAUGGGGGGCAUCGGUGGUUUCGGAGCUACCGUGGGCGGCAUGGGAGGCAUGGGUGACUUUGGAGUUACCAUGGGGGCCAUGGGAGGCAUCGGUGGCUUUGGAGCUACCACGGGAGGCAUGAGUUUUGCGUCUUUCAUGGGAGGCACGGGAGCACCUUCAGAUGACAUGGGUGGACGCAUGUCUUCCGGUGUGCCUCACACAUUUUCGCAUGAUGCCGGUGGAGAUCUUGGCAACGCCUUCCGAGCUUCCCAUGAUGAUGUGGCGCGAGACAAUGAAGAGGAGGAGGAAGAAUCGGAGGACGAAGAUGAGGAUGAAGAAUCGGAGGACGAAGAUGAGGAUGAGGCAUGA